AUGGUUUCCAUUCUGAACUUCCUCCUUACUGCUAGCCUCUUGCCCACCGCCUUUUCCGGAGCCGUAUCCUAUGGCCAAAACUCCUCGGACAGUCAAAAUACGGAGGCAUUCGCGGAGCGGACGUUCUUCUACGUGGGCGGUCAAUAUGUGAACACCACGCUUCCCGGUGGAACUCAGGACAACCAGUAUAUGGUCGGACAGAUCUAUGUUGAGCGUCUCACCCCGCCCAACGUUCUCCACGAGCAUCCUCUGGUCUUCAUCCAUGGCGCGGGGCAAACUGCAACGAACUGGCUAAACACACCCGACGGCCGUGAGGGAUGGGCAAGCUUCUUCCUCCGCCAGGGAUACGUGGUGUACCUCACCGACCAGCCCGAACGCGGCCGCUCGACAUGGACACCCGGCAGCGGCCAGCUGAUCCUCUCCUCCACCAAGACAGCGACCUCCUAUUUCACAGCCCCGGAGAAGCUCGACCCGCUGCCAUACCCCCAGGCCGCCAACCACACACAGUGGCCGGGCACCGGACUGCCAGGCGACCCGGCGUUCGACAGCUUCUUCAGCUCGCAGGUCGCCUACCAGGGCAACAACACCAUCACCGCACACCUGUCCAACCACUCGUACGUGGCGCUCGCGGACCACAUCGCGACCCCUCACAUCCUCAUCACGCACUCGCAGGCCGGCCUCAUGGGAUACCAGCUCGCCAACGAGAGGCCGGACCUCCUCGCCGGCCUGGUGUCCGUCGAGCCCGGCGCCAGGCCCUUCGAGUCGUGGACGGGCCCGCCUUACGCCCCCGGUUAUUCGUUGUCUUUCCCGCCGCUGGAGUAUGGAAUUACCCCUCUGCCGCUGGUUUUCGACCCGCCGCUGCCCGCUGAUGACCCGGGUGCCUUGGUGGGGGAGACACAUCCUGCUACGAGUCCCAAUCUGGCUCCCUGCAUCUUGCAGGUUGAGCCGGCGAGGAAGCUGCCGAACUUGGCCAAGGUCCCGAUGCUGCAGAUGGUUGGGGAGUCCAGCUUCCAGUCUGUCUACUCUGGUUGCGUCGCGAGCUUCCUGCUGCAGGCUGGCGUGGAUGUGGAGUUUGUGAGGUUGGAGGAGAGAGGCAUCAGGGGGAACGGGCACUUCAUCUUCCUGGAGAAAAACAGCAUCGAGGUGGCAGAGAAGGUCGUCAUGCCUUUCCUUGAGAAGCUGGAAAGGCAAUGA